AUGCAUCAUCAUUCUGCAAUGGAGAGAUCUGCGUUCCAUCCUGUUCAUCAUUUCCCCCCAGGCUUUCUCCCUUUCAAUCACGGACCCAGCUUGUUCCCUUCCAGUUCCCUGACCUCCCCAUACCUUCCCGGACCAUCACACGUGGGCAUACCUUCUUUCGGACCGGCACCAGUUCUGUGCGGCGGCAGUGUUCCAUUUCUACGAUCAUACCAGCCCUACAUGCACAAGUUCUUAAACCCAGCAGUUAUUGGUCCUUCUAGAGUGUCUUCCAGAGAGCACUCCAGUGAUGAUGGCCCAAAGAAAUGCCCCGUAUGCGGGAAAUCUUAUGCACGAUUGUCUACCUUGAGACUGCAUUUGCGCACACAUAGUGGAGAGAAGCCAUACCAGUGCCUGGUUUGUUUAAAGUCCUUCUCUCAAGCCGCCAAUCUAACGGCGCAUUUCCGCAUUCACUCCGGUGAAAAACCAUUCAAGUGUCACAUCUGCAACCGUCAGUUCUCGCAGUCUUCGUCUGUGACUACGCACAUGCGCACUCACAAUGGCGAACGACCCUAUCGAUGUCGUGUGUGCACAAAGGCGUUCGCGGAUAGUUCCACGCUCACUAAACACAUGCGCACUCACACCGGUGAGAAACCUUACCAAUGCGAUGUUUGUUACCAAAGGUUUUCCCAAUCGGGGAAUCUUAAUCGCCACAAGCGAAUCCACAACGACGUAUAAAAACAUUGUACAUCUUUAAGACAAAAUUUAUUGUGAUUUAAAUGUAUAACUCACCCACUUUAUAUGACGCGAUUGCGGUGGCUACUUAACGUCACGUGGUGCAAAAUUACUGGACAGUUAUCACCCAAUAACUCCCGUAUUUUUGUGCAUGUUAAAAUCGUGGUAGCUUAUGCAUCUAUAUGAUUGUAAGAAAUAAUGUCAUGAAUUAGCCGUAAGUUUUGAACAAAUAUAUUGUAAGCCUAUGUAAAGUACAACAGAGGUUAAUAAACCGAAAAAAAGGGUCACAUAUAGAUUUGUUAUCCAUGAUUCUGAGUAAUUCAUUUUGCAAUUAGUUGAAGUUAGAUUUUCUGUAUUUUCUCUCAAUCCUAAAUAAAAGCCAAGAAAACGCCAUAUAUAUAUAUGUGUGUGUGUGUUCGUCAAGAAUUUGAUUCUUGGAUGCUCUUAAAAGAAUAGGGAAUAUUAUUCCGAAAAGGCUUUGGAACAAAGAAAUUAAGGAACCUUGAUUACCUUAGGUUAUCGCUAAUCGGCCUUAAAAGCUCUUUACCUUCGUAAGGGAUAUGUUCAUUUUUUUUUUUAUUAAAAAACGGGUGUAGUUUUUUUAUUGGGCGAAUUACAGGGAAAGAAGAGAAAUCAUACAUUCGAACUGAGUUUUUGGGUAAUUUUUUACAAUUUUCGACUUCGGCACCGAUGCCAAUCUUCGUGUAUGGGCUCGGAGGUGAUAGAUUUUGUCUUCUGAACGAGAUACCAAAUAAGAGAUUAAUGGGGAUGGAGAAAAGUGAGUAGAAAUUCAGGAAUCCUUCCAUGUAAAAUCUUAACUUAGAUCCACAUGGCGCCCGGUUGAUUAUUUAGCUUUGGCAGAAGUCAGAAGGAUGUGCGUCUAGUCGAUUGUGAUGUAACUUCGUGCAUCUUCCGGAUAAAAGAAGAUUAAUUGAAAGCAGAAAAAAAGCCAGAAGCAAAUAAAAGCAAAAUAUGAAAAAAACAUUAAAAAAAUGUUAAUCAAACAGUACGAUACUGAGCCUGCAACCGAGGAAUUUUGAAGGACAGUGGUUUUUACACUUUCGAAAAUCCUCUUCAUGUACUUCUAAAUCUAGUGUAGCUAAUUGAUUAAAGAUGGAGGUUUAUGUUUCUGGUUGUGUGUUCUCAUCGCUGGUCUACGAACUAGAAAAUAGCAUAGGAGAUGUCGUGAGUGCAGUAAUGUUGAUUUGCGAAAUAAUUUUGAGCUGCAGUUUAUGUUUUUUUAAUCCUAUCUUGCUAGGAGGGGCUCCUAUUGGGCCAAAUUACAAGCCGUAUCACCAACACAAUCACAGAUUCACAAUCCGAAAACUUGACACACGAGCGAGUUGCAAGUAAGUUCCGCAUUUGUUUACAUUAUCUACCGUUCUUUUCCUCCAGGAUAAUUGUUGGUGUUAAUAACUCUUUUAAUGUACUCCACUUACAGCGAUUCAAGGGUUUGUUCCUUUUGGCAAAGUUCACAGGCAAGUAGUAAGAUUACGAUCAGGAAUUUAGCGGAAGUGACUGACUGUUGACAGAGGUGGUAAUUUUGCAAUUAUACGUAUAUUAAAUUCAUACGAACAAGGCUACACUUGCCACAUGCUUUGCUAACUUUAAGGGUAUUAUGUAGUUUAAUAACAAACAAGGACGUCUCAUCGCUGGGAUUUUAACAUAAUUAACACAACGAAAAUAAAGUUGGUAAUACAACUUUUCAAAUCAUACCUGCAUGAUAAGGAAAGGGAGUUUCUAAAACUGAUGUCGGGGGCUAAAGCUAGAAACGUCAGUUUUAAAACUCUUUGCAGUGGCCAAUUUAUAUUAUCAACUCAUUUGGUAAACCAAAAAAUUUUGCAAUACCCCACUGAUGCAGCUCUACAGUUUAUUUAGAAACUUACCCCCUUAUUGAUCAGGAGAGUUACUGUUACUAAUAAAUUUAGAAAUGACCAAAUGAUUUCAAAUAAAUUAGAUUGAUAACACUUAUACUUGCCCACUUCAGGCCUUGGAAGUUUACUUAUGUUAAAAAAGUAUGUAUAGAAUGAGUUGAAAAAGCUCUAACCUCCUCACCUGCAGAAAAAAAUAAAUAGUUGAAUGCGUUUGAAAUGGACUUUUUUUAAGCAUGGUAUUUGAAAGUAAAAUGUCAAGCUAAUCGAUCUGUUAUUUCUCAAAAAAAAACUGCAAAACUUAGAAUUAAAUGCUUACCAACCAUGUAACUAUCUGGUCACAUUCCUGAAAAUUUUCCUGAACUAAAAGAAAUUGAAAAAAGGAAUGAGUUAUAUCCCUGGGCCCAGUUUUUUAGCCGAUUAGUGCUAGCCCAGGGUUCAACUUUAAUCCAGGUUUCUAUAUUUCUCUGUUUAAAAGCCCUUUUGGAAUAAUUCUCCCAAUUCUUUUUAGAGCAUUCAAUCAUCAAAUUGUACUCAAAUGGACUUAACCUGAAUAUUCUUUUAAAGCUUUUGGAUCUGAAAUAAAAUUUCACACUAACCCUGGGUUAUCUAAACCCAGCUUUAAGAAAUCUGGUCCUGGUCCCUAAAUUUAAGCAAUGACCAUGUAAUGAUUAAUGAUCUUAGUAACAAUAUGACCUUUAUUUAUUUUUACAAACAGUUUUUACACCAAUACUGGGCACAUAUUAGAGGAAGCUAUUUCAAAGGAACUUAAUGAUAAUGAAAAAAGUGAAGUAAGUAUGAUAAAAUAAUUAUGAUGAUAAAGAACAUGUAUUCACCCUAAAUAUAUUGUGGUUUCACUAUUAUUAUUAUAUUUUUACUUCCAACUUUGCAUUUCUAGUGUUCUGAUUGGUUCACUUAACACCAGUCAUCAGCUCAUAUCCUGAGUCACCUUAAAUGGGAAUGGGUUUUGCCAAAUAUUGUGGAGCUGAAAAAAGGCUCCAAAUAUCCAAACAUUCAUGAUGUAAUGAAAUUUAAUCAACUAAUUAUUCUAUGCAUGCUUGCUGGACAUGAGAUUAGUUAUAGCCAACUUAAUACUAUGUGCCUGAUUUGUUAUUUACGAUCUCAUAUUCCCCAAGCCCGCUCAUGGAAUAAUUGUUAAUGGCUCCAAAACUACUGGUAAUCAGACUAUAGUUUGUCAUAACCCUUUCACUCUAGAGAUCUCUUUAGUACAAGUAAUUCUCCUUACCAUAUGUAACACAUUGCUUACAAUUUUAGUUCUGAGAAUGUAGUGUUAGAUCAAAUGGCAACCCUCUUAUUGAUAUUGUGUUUAUUCUCACCAUUUGCCUUCUUGAUUUGUUAUUGACAUUGUAAAGAGAAAAUAUGUCUUGGUCAUUCAUGGGAGUUAAAGGGUUAAAGGUAGGAUAACUUGCAUUGAUACUUUUUGUUGUUAUUUGCCAUUGCAGAAAGUCAUUGGUUGGUUUUCAUUUCGUCGAAAUACUCAAGGACAGGUGUCUAUGAGGGAAAGAUUUAUCCAUCACAAUCUCAUUGCAAAGCUCAACUAUACCCCUUCCAAAGGUGUGGAUAAAAAUGCACUACAUGUAUGAUGAAAUUUUCCAUCCUUUUGAAUGGAAAAAAAUCCUUUUGACUUUGCAUUUUUCUGGUUAAAUCUAUUUGUAUCACACUUUUUAGUGAUACCCUGGUUUUAUAAUUUCCCUGCUCUAAUGCUCCUUCCAUUUACAUGUUUUGAAGAAUUUGCUGACUUCUUGAAGGAUAUGGCAACAACUUGAUCUUGUAUGACUUGCAAAUGUUUAUAACUACUUGUGUCUUUCAUGGGGGUAGGGCAGAAACAUGAAGGUUAUCAAGUUUUCUCAUAAUAUUAUGGUGGAAUCCAUUCUUUUGUGGAAGUAGUCAAAGUCCUUUAUGGCACCUGAGCAGUUUAUGCAAGACAUUAAAAAAAGGAACAAAUAUAAUUGAGUAAUUACUGUGUUGUGAUUUAAACAUAUUUUAGGUAAAUCAGUUUCAAAUCAUAAUGUUUUAACAACGAAAAGCACGAUUGAUUUGGGUCAAAAUCAUUUUAGCUGAAAUUAUUCUCAACUGCAACAGAUACAGUUUUCUUUAAUGUAGAUAGUAUCAUAGAAUGAUGUUAAUGGUAGCAUUUUUUCUUCUUAAAGAAUUCCUCUUAGCAAUCUUUACAUCACACAUGUCCAGGGAUCUGUCCUCACACAAAUUUGACUACUGCUUUUGUUGUUCUGCUGAGAGAGAAGGGUAUGUCUGAAUGAUAAUAAGUUUGGAUUUUUUAAGGGAGAUAUUUUCUGCAAAAUGUACUUUAAAUCUUGUGAAAUUACAUAUCAAUCAGUAAUGCUAAAAGGACAGUCAGGUAGUUGGCACUGACUCCUGCUUACCUGAUAUACUGUAAGUGUACUGGACUGUAUGUAGAGAAGGGAUACACAUAUUUAUGGCUUGUUUUAUUUGCUGGACUAAAUUUUCUGUAAGAAAUGAAUUAAAUGCUCUCUCAACAGUUGUUUGGACAUACAAAACUGUUAUCUUAGUUUAUACAGCACCACCACUGUUACUGGUCACCAACUAAAGAGGCUCUAGAUUGUUAAACAAAUUCUCUCUGUCAGCUCCUUAAGAAAUAUAUAGAGAACAGUAUGGGGAAUAUACACACUGUUGUUAGGGUGUAAAUGGUUAUAGGUACCACACAUGGCUGGCUUCACAGUGAGACAAGUUGCAGAGAAGUUGCUCAGUUUAAUAUCCCUCGCAAAUUUUGUUUGUGUCUGUUGCUCCAGUUGCUGUGUAAUACAGAGUGAGAACUUGAUUAACUUUUUUUCAAGGAACACUUGCUGUAGAAAUAUGAGGCAGUUUCUUACAUGUACAUGUAACUUUUGUUGUGACAAAAUUGAAAGAGAAGAAAAACUACCAUGAGCAACUAGACCCUAAAUGCUGAACCUUGUGAGUUGGUGCAAGUAACUGUUGGCUGUAGCGAACUCCUGAUCGUGGGUCAAAUAUCAUGUUUGUGUGGCCCCCCAGCUUUCCUUCAUAGUGAUUUUUGAGAAGAGAUGGAAGUUUAUGGCUUCCCUUUUUAAAGUUUGUUUCUGGACAUCUUUCUUAAUGUUGUAGUCACACUCUUCCCCACAGGUUUUUUGAACCAGUUCAGGUACAGAUAUUAAACCUUGGAGAUACAUCACAUUCUGAGUAUAGACUUAACUGUCACUCUGCCCAAGCCACGUCCAGUCUUUUUCAUGAAGUGAUAGACUCUUACAGGUAACAAGCACAGAUAAAGUGUACUGUACAUCACCUAGAAUGCUGCUAUUUAAAGAUCAGAAUAACUGCAUUCCUAAGAUAUACUUGAACCCUUCACUUAAGCAAUCCAUUUUAUAUAAUAUGUAAUAAUUGCUUAAUUUAUUUGUUUUAAUCAUAUGGGUAGCUUGUGCAUCCUUUUUGGGCUUUUGUGGGUAGCCAUUGAUCUGAAAAAUAAGUUCUCACAGAAAAAAACAUUUAACAUAAUAAAAGGCUGUGAAAUUUAUCUACCCUUUUUCUAAUAGUAAGACCAUUGUUGCAGAAGUGAUCAAUGUCAAAUUUGUAAGAAAAUGCUGAUUCAGAAAUUACACUUGAAAAACAAAAUGUGACAGCUUUAGGCCUUGGAUGAUCAAUACUGCAGGCUUUAGAAAUCACAAUUUUACACUUAUUUAAUUUUAUGUUUAAGGAUUUUUGGGUAUGAGAAAUGUACUUGACAACUUUUUAAUCAUUUUCAUAUGAAUCAGACAAAUAGUUUAGGUCUUGGAUGAUUAGUGAGAAAGUGGUUUGAUACUGGUUCUAAGACUUGAUCUGUUAUUUCUUACAGAAAUGAGUUUGUUGACGAUAAAGGAUGUAUACAACAGUCCUCCAAUAUGCAUGGCAUGUACAUAACUAUGAUGAAAAGGUUGCAGGUGUGAAUUUAAAGUAUCUUGUACAUUAAAUUGAUGAUUUAGGUUCCCUUGACAGUGGAGGGGGAGGGGCUGCUAAACAGGGAUCCUUACAUAAUUGUGCAAAGGACUAGUCAAACCUUAUCAAGUACAUUGUGUUUGUAGCACAAAAGCCCAUGCAAAUCUUCACCCCAUCAUUUAUGAUGACUCUUGUUAAGAUGUUGAUUGACUUUUGCAAAAACCUUUAUGUUAAUCAAUUUUAUUGCAAACACUAUACUCUCCUUUAAAUUCUGGGUUGAAAUUUGUUGUUGCCAAUAGAUGUUGAUUGACAUGGGUAAAGUGCUGGAAGAUUGAAUAAUUGCGUGGGUUGUAGGUUUCUGCAAAUGAUGUAUGUUUUCUUUCCCCUGGGACUCAGAAUCUUCUGUGAAAACAACUGUUUGCCCUCUUAGAGCUCUACCUAUUACUUUGCUGUUAGUUAUUUGUCAGUAAAAGAUGUUUUACCUAUAAAAGCAGUAUAAUAUUGUUGACUUUACAUAUAAGUAUAAGACAUUAGUGGACAAAUGUUAUCCAUCAAUUUGAUGAUGGAUUUAUAACAAAACAUAACUUGUUACAUAGCCACAAACUAACAUAGUUAGUAAGUUAUUAAGAUAUUUUAAAGAAUCUUGAGAAAAUGUUCUCAGGGUAAUACAAUUUGAUUACAGAAUGAAGCAUAUGGUUAGGGGAGGGUUUUACCCAUGGGGUUGGCAUUUGGGUCUGCUUUGGGUAGGCAUGUGUCCCCUGAUUUUCAAAUUUGGAGCUGUAUUGAGAAAGAAUUCACACCCAAAAUCAUACAUCAUGCUAAAAAUAGCUCAGAUUUGAACCCUUGUUGGAGAAAUUUUAGUGGUUUGUGUGAGAAAAGAUGGUUUCUCUGUGCUCAAAAUGUCACGUCCUCCUCAGGAAAUUAUUUCUCUUAAAUGGACACCUUGCACUAAAGUAGGAGUUCAAUACCUUGGCCCCAUUGGGCAGCAAAUACCUGUACACUAGGUAUAGAACAUACCUGUAUACUGAGUGUUUUCGAGGGGUUCCCUCAGGAUUCGCUUUGAACAAUAGAAAAUUUUGCUUGUGCUUUUAAUUUCAUGAGGUAAGCAGUUUAUUUUCUCUCCCAAGAAUUUAGUUGAAGUUGUAAAAGGUAGUGAAACCACUGUGUCUUCAUUGAAUGAAGAAGUAGAAAACAGAAGAAAGGAACUGGAAGAGUGUCGUAAGGACCUUUCAAGGAAAAAUGGUAACUGAAACAUCACUGCUUCUUUUAACUACUUAAUAAAUUAAUUAAGGGGGUAGAAAAUUGUUACAACUACAAGUCUGUUGCUAAGUAAAUCAAAGGUUGCAGAGUUUGUUUGAUCCAUACUCCAUUUAAUUGUUUUGAACAGCAACAUGUGGAAGACUCAAAAUUAAAACUAACCCCACUCAUGUCAUACAGAUGUUAAUUUGGGACUACUCUACUUUUUAUUGUUACAGCUUCCUAUGAAGUGGGUGAAAAACGGCCUCUCCAGCCUAAUUCUCUAUUAAGUGAAUCCAACCAGGAGAAAGAAGAAGCAGAAAGAACUUUUGAAACACAUGGAUCAAAUUUGCCUGGUGAUGAUAACAAAUCUAUAGCUUCUGUUGCAGCUAGUGAUAGUGAAUUGGGAGAGAAAAAUGACCAAGGAAUUUCUGAGGAAAAUACAGAUGCCACUGCAGAAGGAUCACCAAAUGUGAACUCUCCCAGUUUUAACAGAAGGCGGAAACAAAGAACCCCUGCUAGAGUUGUUGUUCGUUAUGUUCAGCCAGUAGUGGCUGACGAUGAUGAUGUCACAGAUGAUGAAACACAGCCAUAUUCUAUAGAGGAUAAAAUUACAGGAAGUGGACCAGACUAUGAAGAAAAACUCUCUCAAAAUCUUGCAAUGGAGACGUCGUCACCAGUUUUCUGACAGCAGGGAAGAUAUUUUAAAGAUUCUUAUGUUGUAUAAACUUUUGAUACAAUAAUACCUUGCAACACAUUUACUGGUCUACGUUUAUAAUAAUUAUGAAUAGUUAGGCCUUUGUCCAUUAAACAAAUGAAUAUUAUUAUUCUAAAAAUCACAGAGAGAUUGCCACAAACUGUAUUCUUAUGUUUUUUAAGUUGAUAUACAAAGGUAAAACUUGCUUCCUCCUCAUUGCAUGUGUUUCUAUAAAUUGACUUUUUCUUUUAUCAAAAAUUAUGUAGAAGGGAAUCAAGUUUACUUUGUUAUUGCAGAUUAAUAGGCCAUGAUCAACAACAACACAGUCAGUGUGUGAUCUCAGACUAAGUGAAUGUGUUUUAUGGAGACAAACUACUACACUGUAUGUUACACUAAAAUGAGGCUGUUCUAAAAAAUAAGAAACUGAUUAAUCAAAAACUGAUGGGAAACCUAGUUGUGAAUGAAUGGAUGGCAUUCAUGUAUGUUGGAAAAGUUAUAAUAUACAAAGAAUAGAUAUUUUGGAUGCUAGCUUAAAACCAUGUGUUGAAAUAGGUUUUGUUGUUCUUCUGUCGGUAACUUUGUUUGAUACUGAUAGGAAUGAGUUUGUAGUGUGGUGUAAGAUUAGCUCAAAAUUUAAGUAGAACUAUGUCAUCCCAAUUCAAUGUUUUCUGUUUAGCUAUUCUUUUGAUUGGUCAGUUUUUGUCCAAUUGGCUUCAGUUAUUAGCAUCAUUGCAGUUAAAAACUUUGCUUAGCAAACUGCAGAUACAGGGGUAGUAAGGGGUUUGUCUACAAAGUUAGAUAGGACACUUUAUGUUAAAUUUCACAAGUCACGUAAUUGAACAAUCUUAUUUUUGCACAUCUCUCUCAAAAUAAGUUUGAAUGAUACUCUUCAUAAUAACUGCAGGUUAAACUAUCCUUCAGUACAACAGUACCAAAAUUAUUAGGACUACAUUUAUUUAGCCAGUUAACACAUUUUUUAUAAGAUAAAAACCAUUAAAGUCUUGGCUUUGUUUAAGGUUCUAGGGAAUCAACCCUCCAGGAAGAAAAUAAUCUCACCUGUGAUCUGUUAGAGAAAACUAUCACUUGCCUGCUUAAGAUUUUUGCAACUAUGAUUAUUACUGACAGUAGUUUUCCAAAUUUUCUACAAAGUUUAUGAAAUUUGUUAAAAGCGCUGCAAGCAUGUACUUCACUAAAUAAUAUCAGUGGAUAUUUUAAUCCUAACUGUUUUAGAUUUUAUUUUUCUGUGUUAUGUGCUCAUUGUCACAUUUCAAUACUCAAAACAGUGGGUCAAAUAAAAAUUUGAUCUACAGACAUAAAACAAAACCCAUUUAUCUCAGUAAUGUAGCAUUAUCAACUGUGUUGUUAUUGUAAAUUGGUCACCAUAACAAGUUUUGGAACUUGUUACAGUGGCCAAUUUAUGUUAUCAACUCAUUUGAUAAUACUUAAUUACCCUGUUAUACUCUCCCACCAACACAGCACCACAGUUUCUUAAGGAACUUGCCCUUCACCCAUUAAUCUUGCCCUGAAAGCAUAAAAGUGUAAUGUGUUAACUGUAUUACAUACAGUUAUUACAAACAGGAUGAACAGUUUUUUUUUUUCAUGAAUUCCUAUUUAUUCAUAGCCUGGCAAAUAUUUUGAUAGUCUUCCUUUUUUCAAUUUUUUUUUUUAGCAGAGUUGCAUUCAACCUUGAACAUAGCCUUCUUAGGGACAGCUCAGUUGAAAUAUUCAUAAUACAGGAAUAACUCUAAUUUACCUAUUGAAGACAUGGUUACUGUUAAAUAUUAAUAGCAUGGCUGAUAUUUAGAACAAAACAAUGCAGUUUUUCAACUAUUGCAAAUAAGGAUUAUGUAUUAUUAAGACCUGUAUAAUGAAUCACUAGUCUCUUUUUAAAUACAGAUUUACCACUUAUGGGCGAAAGAUAUUUUAAAUUUUGCAUGUUUUAUGUACUGACUACAAACUUGUCACACAUUCAUUUUAUAUUGCAAUAUUAAAACAGAGCUGAUUAUAUUAUCUACAAAAAAUUGACUCAAAAAAGCAUUGCAUGGCAGAGCUUACUUCUUUUUCCCAGGGCAUUCAUACCCAUCCUCUUUCUCCCUGAUAUACACUUCGCUUGUACACACCUGUAUCCAGUUCAGCCCAUACAGGAUUGGAAAUAAUCAGGAUAAUUUUUGGAAAAGCUUGAUGAUACUUUUUGAUGUUCAAUAAAAAAGACAAAUUUGUUUUGCAUUGCUCUAAUAAAUA